AUGCUCCAAGCGAUGGAAAAGGAAGGACCUCAGCCCCAAGGCGCUGUCGCUCCCGACAGGAGUAAUUGUAAUUUCUCCCAUACCCAUACUCAAACACUCUAUAUGCCCAUCGCUUCGCCUCCGACUCCAGCCCCUUCCCCAGGACCCGAUUCUCUCGACAUAUCUCAAUUCCAAGCUCUCAAUAUCAAUGGUGAAACCUCAGUGCACGAUGCCUCGGGAAGUAACCCUAGUAACCGACUUCAGGAAAUUCAUUCAUUUUUAUCCACCUGUACACCCAGCGAAAUUCUCUACAUCUCACAAUCUAUUGCUCCUCUUCUCAAACGCGAUUUUCUUCGAUGCCUUCCCGUAGAAUUGGGACUACACAUACUCAGCUUCAUCGACGAUCCCCAAGCGUUAACCCGUGCUGCUCUUGUCAGCCGAUGGUGGAAUAGUUUGAUUAUGGGACGGGUCAACGAAAAUGGAUGGAGGAGAAUGUGUCUCCUCUGGGGGUUUCUGUUACCUGGAGGUGUAGGAAACGUUGUGAGUGGAUAUGAUGGUAGCGGAGCAUCGCCCUCUCAAACAGAGAGCACGAAAAGCGAUGCUGACUUGGGGAGGGAUAGACGCAGAAAGGGCAGAUUCAAACGCGAAGAACAGGCAGAGGAACAACCUCGAGAGUGUUCUGAGAACGAUUCGGACCCUCUUUCUUCCUUGGAACGAUUUGCAAAUCUACCUAUGGAUCCGGCGCUGGAAUGGAUUGCGUCCAAGAAGCGGAGAGAGCUCAAGGAUAAGGGGAAAGGAAAAGCUUUCCCAUCUCCCACAUCCACGUCCACAACACGCAGAUGGUCAUAUAAAGAUCACUUCAUAUAUUCAUAUAAGCUUAUGACCAACUGGCGUACAGGUGGUCAACUUCUUCGUGCUCACCGCACACCAGCAUCGUCGUCCGCCUCACCUGACAAUGUCAUAACCUCACUUGCCCUCAACAACGAAUGGGUGAUCGUCGGACUAGCAAACUCGAGGAUACAUGUGUUUAGUGGAAGGACAGGUGUCUUAGCAAGGACGUUAGUUGGACACGAGUCGGGAGUUUGGGCGGUUUGUUUAAUUGCAGCAAACGGAAGCGAAGCCCAGAGUGAAUUCAUGGUACCCGAUUCAGAUGAUCAUGCACCCCCGCCUCCACCGCGAAAUCAUCACAGUUGGGAUAAUCUUUCGGGUAUUGAGGGUACAAGAAACUUGGCGAUGACAUUGAAUCCCAGAGGUCGGAGAGGCAGGAAACAACGACUGUUCAUUGCGCCAUUUGACGAAGAGGAGGAACAGGAACAUCCACAGGAGGUGCAGUACGUUCCACCUGCCAUGAGAGUGGCGCUGGGUUUGGAAUUGGAUGAGUUCGGGGAAGAUGGGGAAGAUGACGACGAGGUUAGCGAUGAGGAUGUUCAAACACCUGUGGAGGAGCCUUCAGGAACAACGUUUACCUCCAGAAUCAAUGGAGCUCAUAUGGAUACAGGGAAACCUAGUGAACCAUCCGGGUGUUCGGAAGGCUGGGGUCAGCCGAAUGCCAUUGUUGUGAGCGGAGGUUGCGAUAAAACGUUGAGGGUAUGGGAUGUCUUGUCUGGGUAUUGCAUUUAUGUCCUUCGUGGCCACACUUCCACGAUACGCUGCAUCAAAGUUCUUCACAACCGGCCAAUAGCCAUAACUGGGUCAAGAGAUACUAGUCUCAGGGUCUGGGAUGUUAAGCGGGGGAAAUUGCUCAGGGUUCUAAGAGGGCACUCUAACAGCGUUCGAUGUCUGGACGUUUGUGGAAACAAAGUCGUCAGCGGAAGUUACGAUUGUAGUUUGAAGCUCUGGAAUGUUGACAACGGAGAGUGUCUCCAUACCUUCACCGGUCAUUUCUCCCAGGUUUAUUCGGUUGCCUUCGACGGCGUAAGGAUUGUCUCUGGGGGAUUAGACACGACUGUUAGGGUUUGGGAUCCAAUUGAGGGGCAAUGUCUAGCUCUACUUCAGGGCCACGCAGCUCUCGUGUGUCAAGUCCAGCUUUCGCCAUACUCUCAUCUCACUCCUACGGCGAUUCUCGUGACGGGAGGAUCCGACGGGAGAGUCAUCACCUACACACUCCCACAUCCCAGGUCCUUUGAUCACUCCUCUUCGUUCUCCUCCAUCUCGACCUUCACACUCGAACACAAGCGUUUUGGGGAUGAUGCAAACAACUCCCAUCCUUCUAUAUCUUCUGCAGAUCCUGAGCCACAAUACUGUAUUCAACACAGACUCAUGGCACAUGAUUCAAGCGUUACCGCUUUGCAGUUUGAUAAGAGGUGGCUCCUCACCGGAGGAAACGACGGGAGAGUCAAGCUGUGGGAUGUCAAGACUGGUUUACUUGUUCGGGAAUUGGGAGGCGCCUCCAAGCCGUCUUCGAAGCGUUCGAACAGUACUGGAAGGAUUAAUUCGAGCUCAAGGAUCGCCAUAUUGGAGGAUGACGGUAACGCCAGUAGUGGAAGCCGAUCGCCUGGCGCAGCCGAAUGUGUCUGGAAAGCAGGGUUCUCAAAAGGUGGGGAGGUCUGCGUGAUUAUGGUUAAGCAUGCAGGAAAGAGCGUGAUGGAGAUCUGGAGUAUGAGGCCUGAAGAGGAACUAUGUUCGACCGAUUGA